AUGAGGAAUGGUAAGCCAGAUAUCCAAAUACAAAUCAAACAUGAUCGACUUUCUUACCAGGUAUACUGCGGCCUGACCAACCAAGGCCAGUUAAUAGCCGUGAAGCAGGUGACGUUGGAUGCCUCCGACCCAGAAGCCGCGAGGAGAGAGUAUAGUCGACUGCAGGGGGAAGUAAAGCUUCUUAAAACCCUGAGCCAUGCCAAUAUUGUGGGUUUCCGCGGGACCUCCCUUUAUCAGCACAUGGUUUCCAUCUUCAUGGAGUACAUCCCGGGAGGAUCCAUUGCAAGCAUCCUUCACAGAUUUGGUCCACUGCCAGAGCGCGUUCUGGCUUUGUACACCUACCAGAUCCUGGAAGGGGUUGCAUACCUUCAUUUAAACAAGGUCAUUCACCGUGACCUGAAGGGAAACAAUGUCAUGCUGAUGCCCACUGGGGUCAUCAAGCUCAUAGACUUUGGUUGUGCACGCCGCAUCAGCUGCGUAAGCAACACCACUAAGAGCAGUGGGGACCUGCUCAAGUCUGUCCAUGGUACACCUUACUGGAUGGCUCCAGAGAUUAUCACUGAGACAGGUUAUGGCAGAAAGUCUGAUAUAUGGAGUGUGGGUUGCACUGUCUUUGAGAUGGCCACGGGGAAACCCCCCCUCGCACACAUGGACAAGAUAGCAGCCUUGUUCUAUAUUGGGGCCAAAAGAGGAUUGAUGCCAUCUUUGCCUGAGGGAUUCUCAGAGGGUGCCAAAGAGUUUGUGAACAUCUGCUUGACACGUGACCAGAGUUUGCGGCCAUCGGCAGACCAACUGCUCCGACAUUCAUUUGUCCCAAGAAACAGGACUGUGGUUACCUCUUGGAAAGAACAGAGGAACAACUUCUGUGGUCACUCAGAUGGACUAUGUGGUUAACAAGCUUUUGUGUUUUAUGUGCUUUUAUUAAGUUUUAUCACUUGAAUUGAGCUUGGUGCCUGAAAACACCAGGCAUUGUUUUCUUGUCAGCUCAGGGAGGAAGGCAGAGCUGGAAUAUUGUAUUUGAGGACACAGAAACACAACUUAAGCACUUUAAUGUAUUAUAGGUGAAUAGAACUGCAAAAUCUGAUUGAUUU